AUCUCACCGGACGUCAGCUUUUGCGACGGUACACAGGGUUUCCGGCGAUAUCGACAUAUACAUAACUCGAAUAACGAAAACCAAUUUCACCUUUGAGUUUUUACCGAAUAUUAUAUCCAGAAGCGUGCACCUCAUACCCGUCACGAUGCCGCCACCACCACCUCCGCCACGCAAGUCGGAAACCGGCGCUGCCUCGAAAGAAGAAAACAUUUACAUUCCGUCUUUCAUCAGUAAGCGCCCGUUUUAUGCUGGUGAUGAAGGCGACGACAAUGAUUACUUAAAGCAUCAGCGUCGCGAGGAGAAAACCGAGAAGUCCCAGUGGUAUGAUCGUGGCCGUAAAGCUGGACCUGCUGCGACCAAAUACAGAAAAGGCGCCUGUGAGAAUUGUGGUGCGAUGACACAUAAAGCCAAAGACUGUUUGAGUAGGCCGCGGGCGAAAGGCGCCAAAUGGACUGGCAAAGAUAUCCAAGCCGAUGAAGUCGUGCAAGAUCUGAAGCUGAACUGGGACGCGAAAAGAGAUCGUUGGAAUGGUUAUGACGCCAGCGAGUAUCGCCACGUUGUCGACGAAUAUAACGAAAUGGAAGAUUUAAGAAAACAAGCGGUCAAAGCAGCGGGCGGAGACGUCGACGAAGAUGGCGACAAGUACGCUGAGGAGAACGACAUGAGCAAGCACCAAAGUACAGCUACCCGACAGCUCCGUAUACGUGAAGAUACGGCGAAAUACUUAUUAAAUCUCGAUCUCGAAUCUGCAAAAUAUGACCCCAAAACAAGGUCUCUAGUAGAUGGUGGAGCAACAUCGGAUAAAGCGUCGCAAUUGUUUGCUGAGGAAGGAUUCAUGCGCUCGUCUGGCGAUGCAGGUGAAUUUGAGAAGGCCCAAAGAUAUGCAUGGGAAACACAAGAGAAAACCGGAAAUACUACAUUACAUUUACAGGCGAACCCUACAGCCGGAGCCUUCUUGCGAAAGAAGGAAGCAGAGGAAGCCGAGAAGAAGCGCGAAGCACGAGAAAAGGACCUGCAAGAAAAGUAUGGUGGCGGAGAGCAGAAGUCAUUACCAUCGGCAUUGCGCAAUAUGGUUGUCGCACAAUCAGAAACAUAUGUCGAAUAUGAUGAAUCGGGUCUUAUCAAGGGCGCACCAAGGAAGAAGGCCAAAUCCAAGUAUCCAGAGGAUGUACUUAUCAACAAUCACAAGUCAAUCUGGGGUAGCUGGUGGUCUGAUUUUAAAUGGGGAUACGCAUGCUGCCACUCAUUUAUUAAGAAUAGUUACUGCACCGGAGAGGAUGGUAAGCUAGCCUGGGCAGCGUCGGAGCGCCAAAGAUCAGGGAUUGAUCUACCUACCAACGACGACGCCAAAGAGCCAUCGUCUGUUGAGGAGCCUGCUAUUGCAUCGGAAAAGGUAGAUGCGGAGGCUGCCCAAAAUAAGAAAAGAAGCCGUGAUGCCAUGAUGAAUGGCGUUUCCGAAGAAGAGCUGGAGGAAUAUAGGAAGAAGCGCGCCGCGGCUAGUGAUCCUAUGGCCAAUAUGCUUGGCAAGGACGAAUUGCUACAGUAGCAGAAGUUCCUAAGCCAAAGCUGAAAUGUACUUUAGUAGACCAUGUAAACAUAUUACCGGUUAUCCCGUAUGUGCUAUUAAAGAUCCGAAAAGCAGAACAGCACUAAAGAAAAGACGAUUACAUUCACUUCGGAAGAGAGACCAUGUUUCAUGUUUUAAACUUUCAUUUC